GUGACCCCAGGGCCCUAGGGAGUUCCAGCAGGUUCGGGCGGUUUGCGAAACCGCCGCGUAGGGCUGCAGGCGGAGGCGCGGGGAGGCCAUGGAGGCGGCAGAGCCGGCGGAGGAGGCGCUGGUGCUGGUAGAGUACGGCUUCGAGUACCACGCCAAGGACGGCACCUUGGUCUCCAUCAAACCCAACGAGCGCUAUGUCCUGCUCAAACGCACCAACCCGCACUGGUGGCACGUCCGCAGGAGCGGGGACGCUCGGGCCUUCUACAUCCCGGCCCAGUACGUCAAGGAGCUGCCUCCCAUCGCCGCCCCAGCCCCGCUUGAGCCCCCGCCAUCGGGACAUGCUGCGACAGAGCCGGCCGCGCUCGUCCCUCAGCCCCCGCCAGCCUACGAGUAUCGGUUCAUCGGCGCCGCCGAGCCGGGGGAGUCGGCAGGAGGGUGCCCAGUGCCCAGGAGAGACUCGGUGCCCAGGAGGGACUCGGUGCCCAGGAGAGACUCGGUGCCCAGGAGGGACUCUCCACCAUCACUCAGCUCUUUUCGGGUCCUCCCGGAGCUGACCCCGCACCCCGCUGAGCCUGUGAGACCUUCGCACUCCCUGGAUGACCUGGCGCGGGUGACACCAGCACCUCGCAGUGCCACUGAUGCCAUGGGGGCACGCGGGGACUCCCCAGGACACGCUCGGCCGCUCGGGAAGAGCCGCUCCGAGACCCUCUGCGCCUCCGGCAAGGAUAGGGACGUGGUCAGGAGGUGGCCGGGAGCCGGCCCUGCAGCUCAGGCACGCAAGGAGUCAGAGGAGACACCUGAUCCCAUCUACCUCAACAUCCAGGAGCUGCGGGAAGAGGCCGCCGCCAGCUCGGCCCCGGAGGAGCCUGGUGGCUCCGUGUUGGACUGGGAAACCCACACGGACACGGACAGUGGGCAUUUGUUUUAUUAUAACCCGGUGACAGGCGAGACCACGUGGGAUUGUCCCUUCGGGCAGGCGGCCGAUGGAGUGAGUCCCGCCGCCUCUCCCGCCUCCUCGCUCGCACACAGCCCGGAGCUUCCCGAGUGGGAACAGCACGUGGACAAAGGAAGCGGACAGACUUUUUUCUAUAAUUCGGUGACAGGUGAGACGUCGUGGGACCCCCCCACUGCAGGAGACACAGGCAGCCCCCGGGAGAUGCACCCUGGGGGGACGUGGUACGGUCCCAUGGAGCAGAGGCCACCCACUCCAGAAACGGAUUAUCCCGACCUGUCUCCAGAUGAGCUGGAGUGUUAUCCCGAGGAAGACUAUUCACCUGUGGGCUCCUAUGAUCAGGGGGCCUCUCUCUGCCUGUCCCCGAGGCACCCCGAGGAGCUGGGCUCACCCCCGGGCUGGUAUGGGCAUGGCCACCCCGAGGGAAUCAUGUUCUACCCCGAGCACUUCGCCCCUGACACGGUGCCAUCGGGCGGCCGCCACAAGCGGGCCAGCAGCGGCUCCAGCCAGGACAGCGGGCUCUUCGCCUGGCAUAGCGCCGUGUCACCGGCACUGGGCAGCAAGGAGGAGAAGUUUAAAAGCCUCGAAAAAGCCGGUGUGCUCAACCGGACCAAGACAGUGGACAGAGGGAAGCGGCUCCGGAAGAACUGGAGCUCCUCCUGGACAGUGCUGGAAGGGGGAAUCCUCACCUUCUUCAAGGACUCAAAGCACUCAGCUGCCAGUGCCCUGAGGCACCCCAGCACCCUGACCAUCCCCGAGCACACGGUGAAGCUGCACGGGGCCACUCUCACCUGGGCCGGCAGAGACAAGUCCAGCAAGAAGAAUGUCCUGGAGCUGAGGACGCGGGAGGGCUCGGAAUUCCUCAUCCAGCAUGACUCGGAGCAGAUCAUCACCGCCUGGCACAGGGCCAUCGCAGACAGCAUCGGCCAGAAGGGCUCCGACAUCCCCGGAGAGGAGGAGGCCGAAAUUCGGGCUGAAUUCGGCUCCCGGGAGAAGCUGGGGGGCGGCGAGGAGCGGAGGGCAGCGGCCGGGCAGGUGACGGGCAGUGCCGAGAGUGACACCAGCCGAGUCCGGAACAAACUCCGCAAGUUCCUGCAGAGGCGGCCGACGCUGCAGUCCCUGCGGGAGCGGGGCUACAUCAAGGACCAGGUUUUUGGCUGCUCGCUGCUGGCACUGUGUGAGCGGGAGCGAGGGACAGUGCCACGCUUCGUCCUGCAGUGCAUCUGGACUGUGGAGAGGAGAGGUCUGGACAUUGAUGGCCUGUACCGGGUCAGUGGCAACCUGGCCACCAUCCAGAAACUGCGCUACAAGGUGGAGCACGGUACGGUCACCCGCAGUGACAGUGAGGGACAAUGGGGUAUCACCCCCUUCGGGGGCAGAGGGACAGGGGAGGGGGCAGCCAGGGACCACCCCCUAUCCCUGGGGCUCUGGACACGGCUGAGAUGCUGCCCCACCCCCAGAUGA